AUGGGGGAACCAACAGCGAUUUUUGGGAAUGAAAAGCGCGCAUGGUGGAGGAUCAGAUGUCGACAGCGGCUGGCGGAACAUAUUACAGAAAUGACGGGCAUUCAAGUCACGCCGACUGAAGUUCGCCUGUUAGAAACAGAAGACCUGGGAUACUCAUGGAAGAUCAAGGAUGCUUCUUUAAAUGUUCUAUUCAGAAAACACCUGAGCAAACAUUCUGUUCGUGCCUAUAUGCGACUUUAUCAUGAAGUUGGAAAGUCCUUCUGUGCUACUGCUCGAGAUAUGGACAAAUCGGGCCUCACUCCGCUCUGUACUGAGUCGGAGGGGAUUGUAUUAGAGCAGCGCGAUGUGAAUCGCAUCCAAGAGCUCACAAACGAAAACGUUCGUCUCGCAGAGGAACUCGGCAGAAUGAAAGAGGAGGCAAGAAUAUUAGCACAGGCCAAGACUCUAGCGGAAAAUGAGGCAAAGAACAGAGAGACCAUGUUACAGGAGGCACAGGCGACAAUCCAAUUUCACCAGCAGGAUGCGCAGCAAUGGAUGGCAGUAGCAGAAACAUAUCAGACUAGCUGCAUACAGUGCUCGGAUGCCCUUAGACGGCUUAUCAAUCUUGCCGAAGGUGCUCAAAGUCAUGUUUCUAUCGCGUUUCCGAAUUCUACAGCGCUGUAG